AUGCGUAAUGCUUCUCCUAGAAGACGUUCGGCACCAUUUGUGGCUGGACUCGUAGGUGGCGGUCUUCUCAUCAUUUCGAAAUUGUGGCGCAAGUCCAAAACUACGAAGGAGGAUAUUGUGGAAGUUCUAGCAAAAAUGCCUAUUAGGUUUCCGUAUGAAGAUCUACGUGUUGCGACUGAUGAUUUCGCGGAAAGAAUUGGAAGAGGAGGCUACGGAUCUGUGUUCAAAGGAGUACUCGCUGAUGGAACAAGAGUUGCUGUGAAGUGUUUGGAUAAACUAGACAAAGGAAAGAAGGCAGUUUUAACAGAAGUUGAGAUAAUUGGAAACCUGCAACACUCUAACUUAUUGAGGUUGAUAGGAUUUUGUUCAGAGAAAUCAUACAAGGUUUUAGUAUAUGAGUACAUGAGUAAUGGAUCGUUAGAUAGUUGGAUUUUUCAGAAUGAUCAAAGACCUUUCCUUGAUUGGCAGACGCGAAAGAAGAUUAUAAUUGACAUUGCAAAAGGGCUUGCUUAUCUCCAUGAAGAAUGUCGACAGACCAUAAUUCAUUUCGAUAUAAAGCCGCAGAACAUUUUGUUGGGUCCAAAUUUCAAUGCCAAAAUCUCUGAUUUUGGGUUAUCUAAGGUCAUCGAUGUAGAAACGGGACAAGUACAAGUUUCAAUGAGAGGAACCCCUGGAUACAUUGCUCCAGAAUUGUGUAAGCUACCACCAGGACGUAUCACGGAAAAAAUUGACAUAUACAGCUUUGGAAUUGUUCUCCUGGAAAUAGUUUGUGCACGAAAAAACGUAGAUCACUCGCUGCCAGAAUCUGACUUCCAUUUAGUUAGAAUGCUGCAGAAUAAAGCUGAAGAAGAUAGACUCAUAGACAUUGUGGAAAAUGUAGAUGCAUGCAUGCACAGUGAUAAGGAGGAAAUGCUUAGAAUGAUAAAGAUUGGUGCUUGGUGUUUGCAGGAUGACCCAGAAAAAAGGCCUCUCAUGUCAACGAUUGUGAAGAUAUUGGAUGGUGUAAUGGAGGUAGAUACAAACUUGGUGUAUGUGUUCUCACAUUCACUAAUAGCUUCUCCCAUUGCUAAUCACCACAUUUCUUCGGCACAGCUGCCAGCAUCUGUUCUUUCUAAUCCCAGAUAA